GAAUCCUAAGAUGAAUGAGUCAAAGAGAAAGUUUUAUCAGGAGCCACUUUUGCUGCGUUCGAAAUACAGUUGCAUUGUUCAACAUUUGCAACGUAAAACUCUCAACCAAAGAUGGCUCCACAGGAAAUCUUCUCCGACAUUUAAGAUUUAAUUAUCCGAGUUUUAAGCAGUAAGCGGUAAUACAGGACCCUUCAGUUCGUUCACCCGAAUGAUUCGAAUCAUUCACGAACAACACAACACUGUUGGUUCACGUGGAUGCUCGGGGGGAGUAACCACAUUUUGGCCAUAGAGAGUUCGAAAAGAACUCUUUUACUUGAACUACGCCGGACUGUGAUUAAGAAAACGAAAUCAGAUCAAAAUGAACCCGGACGCACAACAGAGGAUCGGCUUUAUCGGUGCAGGAAACAUGGCUUUUGGCAUUGCAAAGGGGAUGUUGUCAGGAAAUGUUCUACCUGCAAACAUCAAAGUUAGUGCACCAUCCUCUACGAAUUUAGGACGAUUCCAGGAACUUGGCAUUUCUGUGACACACUCCAACACUGAGGUGGUCUGUGGGUCAGAUGUGGUGUUUGUCUCCGUCAAGCCUCAUAUGAUUCCACGUGUUCUUGUUGAAGUCUCUCAGCACAUCACAAAGAAACAGAUAAUCGUGUCAGUUGCCGCAGGAGUGACACUAGCUAUGUUGGAGGAGCUCCUCCCAGAAAACUCGAUUGUCAUCAGGCUGAUGCCCAACCUUCCCUGUCUGGUUCAAGAGGGGGCCCUGUUGUUUGCACUAGGCACCAAUGCAAAAGGGGAGGAUGGUGCUCUACUUCUCAGCCUGUUGCAUUGCUGUGGUUUGGUGGAGGAAGUGCCUGAAGCCUGGAUCGAUGUCCACACAGGGCUGAGCGGGAGCGGCGUCGCUUUUGUAUAUCUUUUUGCAGAAGCGCUGGCAGAAGGAGCUGUUAAAAUGGGCAUGCCAAGUGCUCUGGCUCACAGCAUCGCAUCCCAAACUGUUCUGGGUGCUGGUAAAUUGCUACGUGAUUCUGGGAAACAUCCAGCUCAGCUUCGGGCUGACGUCUGCACCCCGGGUGGAACAACCAUCUAUGGGCUUCACACACUGGAGCAAGGAGGCAUGAGGGCGUCUGUCAUGAAUGCGGUGGAAUCGGCCACUCAGAGAGCAAGAGAGCUUGGGAAAAAAUAGGCAGCAGGAAGGGUCCAUGCGUCAGUAUACCUUCUUAAGAACUACAUCUUGAACUUAAAACCAUGGAAAGUCUUAAAAAUAAGAUGUCUGUUUUUUAUUAUUUAUUUUUUUAUAUUUCAUAACUUGGUAUCAUAAGAAUUAAAAAAAGAUCAUAGUCUCGAUUUUCUUUAAAAACAAGUUUACACUUCUGUUAGGUCUUUCAAAGGACAGGCUUCUUUUGUUUCACUUUGUGUGAAACAAAAAAAAAAACUGUUGGAUCACAAGUUUAGUAUCUGCAUUAACAUUCAGAAUAAUCCUUCCUUUAAAUUAGGACAGGCAUGAUAAUGAGAUGUUCAUAUAAAUAAUAUUGUGAUAGAGAGUAAGUAUAUUUGCUGAUUGUUUAGCACUUGUAAGGUUGUGUUAGAGGAAAGUUGGUGGAUGAAUUAGCAGUACUCGCAUAGCUCAGUCCCCGACUAGUGAAACGGUCAGAUGUAAUUUGAUACAUAUGCAAACCGUUGAAUGGUAUGUUGGCCUACAUGCCAGCCUGCUAUAUGAGAUGAGCACAUGUAAAGUAAAAAUAUGAACCUUUUUAAAUUUACCAGCUCCUUGCAAACAGUUAUUUACAUACAGAAUUCAUGUUGUUCACCAAAUGUUUAAAAUUUGUAAUAUUUAAUUGAAAUUAUGACAGUGAAAAAUAUUGAAAAAAGGAAAGAAAAUUGUAGCUUGAGUCUUGCUGCCCAUUCAUCACUUUCCUGAAAUCUUGAAUUACACCAAACAGGAAUCUGUUUUUAAUUACAUCUCUUUUUUUUCCCAACAAUGCUACAAAAGAAAGCACAAUUCAUGUAUGUGUGCAAAAGCCAUAAGAAAAUCUGUCAAGAAAUCAUCCACUUUGUCCACUAAUGUCUCAGCCAGAUCUAGAGAAACUCAUCCAUGCGUUUAUCUUCAGUCGUAUUGAUUAUUGUAACGGCGUCUUCACAGGUCUGUCCAACAAAUCAAUCAAACAGCUGCAGCUGAUCCAGAAUGCUGCUGCUCGUGUUCUCACUAAAACCAGGAAGAUAGAGCACAUAACACCAGUUUUAAAGUCUCUCCACUGGCUCCCUGUAGCUCAAAGAAUAGACUUUAAAAUACUGUUGUUAGUUUAUAAAUCACUGAAUGGUUUAGCACCACAAUACAUUAAAGAUCUGCUGUUAUUGUAUCAACCUUCCAGACUUCUCAGGUCUUCUGGUUCUGGUUUGCUCUGCAUCCCCAGAACCAGAACCAAACGAGGAGAAGCGGAAUUUAGCAUCUAUGCACCAAAAAUCUGGAACAAACUUCCAGAAAACUGUAAAACAGCUGAAACACUGACUUCCUUUAAAUCUCAACUAAAAACCCACUUGUUUAGAGUUGUAUUCAAAACGUAAUCAAUUGCAAAUUUAUUGAUGGAAUCUGACUAUGUUGUGUUUUUAUUGUUGAUUCUAUGUUGCAUUGUAUUUUUGUGUUUGAUUUGAUGUAAAGCACUUUGAAAUGCCUUGCUGCUGAAAUGUGCUAUACAAAUAAAGUUUGAUUGAUUGAUUGAUUU